GAGAGAGAGAGAGAGGGAGGGGUGGCAGCCGCAGGUUUUCAAAAAGGGCGGGGGAUCAUGGCUGAAGAAACUGUUUCUCAAGAGCUGCGCAGCGCCUCUGAGCUGAGGAUCGUGCUGCUUGGGAGAGGAAGGGCUGGGAAGAGUGCAGCAGGGAACACCAUCCUGGGCAGAGAGGAGGGAAGAUCGGGAUUCAUCUUCUCUGCAAGAAUGAGGGAGUGUGAGAAGAGAACAGGAGAAGUGUCUGGGAGACGGGUCACUGUGGUCGACACUCCACGCUUGUUAGACACAGACCGGGUUGAGAUUGAGAGAUGUGUUUCUCUGGCUGCCCCGGGACCCCACGCUUUCCUCCUGGUGAUACCCGUGUAUGCAAAAGAAACGAUUGCCUCUCACCUUGAGUCUAUAGUAGAAGAGUAUUACAAAGCCUUUGAUAAAGUGCAGGAGCUGUUUGGUGAGAGAGCUGUGAGGAACACGAUGAUCCUUUUCACCCGCGGGGAUUAUCUGAGAGGCAGGACGAUUGAGCAGCACAUUGAGGAAGCUGGAGAGAAGCUCCAGCAGCUUGUUGAGAAAUGUGGGAACAGGUAUCAUGUUCUCAACAAUCAGGACAGGAGCGAUCGCACUCAGGUCACACAGCUCCUGGACAAGAUAGACAACAUGGUGAAGGGAAGUGGAGGCUGCUACCUCCCAAAUGAGAUUUACAAGCAGAUAGAAGAAAGGAUUAGACUAAAGGAACAGAAACUGAAUAAGAAACACAAAGAGGAGCUGAGCAGGAAAGAAGAGGAGAUGAAACAGAAAUAUGAGGAGGAACAGAGGAGGAGAGAAGAGGAGAUGAAACAGAAAUAUGAGGAGCUGAUGGAGAUGUUGAGGAAGGAAAUGAAGGAAGAGGAGCUGGAGAAAGAGGCAGAGGAAUCCAAGCUGCCUGUCAGGAGAAGGAACAGCAUUGAAGGAUAUCGUCCCGACUUGUCUGGAGGUGAAGGAGAGGCUCCCCUUGCAGAUAACCAAUGAGAGCAGGCGCUGCGAUCGGGACAGUAUUGCACACAGUAGCAGAAGCAAUAGAGGCAGCACCACAGGAACCCAGUCAAGAGCAGUGAGACAGGGGGUGGUGCUAUUGAACAGGGGGUGGGGUUAUUGAACAGGGGGUGGUGCUAUUGAACAGGGGGUGGGGUUAUUGAACAGGGGGUGGAGUUUAAGGGUUAACCUUGAUGCUAUAACCACAUGUAUAUUUUACACAUUUUAAAUGAAAGACAACAGUUCAAACUCUUCUUGUAUUGUGCAUGUGUGUAUUGUUGAUAAGAUGUAUUUGUAAUCAAGAUAAACACCUUUUUAAAAUAAACAGAGCCCUGUUGUGUUCUUAUGAAGAUGUGUAUCAAUAACCAGCGGGCGUGUUGCCCUUGCUCUCCAGCUGCUUCAGUGUUGAAAACAUCCAACUCUCUUACAAACAGCAUGUGUGCGUGCGUGAGG